GACUUUUCGCGCGCGAACAUGCGUCACUUCUUCUAGAUAUACGCGCGUGGAUCAGCGGCUUGCAGCAGAGCUUGUGCCACAACAGCAUUUGCCAGCAUGGUCCGAGCCGUCGCACUCCUCGUCUUCGCUCUGCAGGCUGCGGCAGGCAUGCAGCACAUCACAAGCGACCCGCGCAAGUGGCUGCAUCUCUACAAGUCGCUGCAACUGGUAGAUGCGAUCGAAGGCAACGUGCUCAAUCAAGGCCUUGGCCUCCUCGCGACGCACGACUACAGCAGCACAGUCGCCUUUGGUAAAUUCCUGAACGAGGACGACCAGAAGGAGGACGUCAACGUUCUUCUCUCGAUCGACAUCAAACUUGGCGCUGCGGACGCGGCCUUGCUCGCGCCGUCGAACGAAGACAGUGCGUCAGAAGCUGUCGUUGACAUCAACGUCGCCGACUUUUAUACGGCGGAAGCAUACGAAAAGAACGUACGCGGCGAUGCGCAUUUGCUGGAUGCCGUCUACGGCAUUUCGACCGGUGCCAUGAGCAUCUCGGGGCCGCUCAUCGACCUCGAGCGCCUCACCGCGCACGUGGACAUUCGAUUUUGGUUUAUCGCCGACCCGCAGGCCAAACUACCCAACCUCAAGAACCGAAAGAACCUCCCCGACCGCGUUUUCGAGUGCACUAGCGUCGACAUUGGUGCCAUCAAAAACUACGCCAACUUUGCGUGCCAACUCAAGAGCGCGGGGACGGACGUGGCGGUGGAAGCCGAGGCGCCAUCGAUGUUCCAAUCGACGGCUGUCACGGGGCCGCUUGUCGGAGCUCUUUUUGGCAUUGUCAUGUUUGCGAUUGGUCUUCUCGGCGCCGUCAUGCUGCGCGACCGGCGCGAGCGCAUCGCCGCACGGGCGUCUGCGAUCGAGAUGAAGGACCAAGCCAAUGACGCUUCGGGUCAAGUCGAAAUCGUAUUGGAAGCAAACUCGGCAAGUGUCGUGACCAUGUGAGCCGAUGUCGAUGCAUGCUUAGUUGAAAGCAAAGCCCGACGAGGCGUACCAGCCGGAUGGCAGUCCUAUCGUGGCGCUAAUAAAUAUAAGACGGGUCGUGAAAAGAGA